GUACUGACAUUAGGAGGUCAUCGCGAAGCACGCAGAGGGAACGCCUAUCUUUGCUGUUUGACUGUGCCUCCUCCUACGAAGAUCGAAAGGAAUGAGAAGCCGUCGUGGAUUGUGCGCACUACGGCAAAAAUUCUGGACGCUGUUCUUGAUGCUUGGGUCGAUUUUAGUCUCUCAAUCUGGAGUAAAUUCAUAGUGGGAGGAGUGAUGUUGGCUUACUGGGCCGUGAUGAUUCAUGGUGUAAUGCAAAUCAAAGUCGGCCUGUCCUCAGAAAAGCUCUUCCUUGACGACUCACCACUUUUGGAGCUUGUUAGAAUCCAGACAAACGUAAUUUUCAAAGAAGGAGGC